AUGGAAUCAGAGAACAAUGCAACAAUUUUAGAAUUUAUUCUUCUGGGAUUUUCAGAGGAGCCAGAAUUGCAGCCCUUCAUAUUUGGGAUUUUCCUCUCCAUGUAUCUGAUCACUGCAUGUGGAAAUCUGCUCAUCAUCCUGGCCACCAUCUCAGACUCCCGUCUGCACAUGCCCAUGUAUUUCUUCCUCUCCAACUUGUCCUUUGUAGACAUCUGUUUCACCUCCACCAUCGUUCCAAAGAUGCUAGUAAAUAUACACACACAGAGAAAACCCAUAACCUCUAAAGGCUGCAUCACCCAGAUGUAUUUUUUUCUACUCUUUGUAGGAUUGGACAACUUCCUCCUUAGCGUGAUGGCCUAUGAUCGGUUUGUGGCCAUCUGUCACCCCUUGCACUAUAUAGCCAUCAUGAACCCUUGGCUAUGUGGAAAGCUGGUUCUGGCAUCCGGGAUCAUGAGUGCCCUUUAUUCCUUGUUACAUAGCUUAAUGGUAUUGAAGUUGUCAUUUUGUACACACCUGGAAAUCCCCCACUUUUUCUGUGACCUUAAUCAAGUGGUCCAUCUUGCCUGUUCAGACACCUUUCUGAAUGAUAUGGUUAUAUAUUUUGGAACUGUGCUGAUAGCUGGAGGUCCUCUUACUGGUAUCAUUUAUUCUUAUUCUAAGAUAGUUUUCUCCAUAUAUAGAAUCUCAUCAACUCAAGGGAGGUAUAAAGCAUUUUCCACCUGUGCCUCUCACCUCUCAGUUGUGUCCUUAUUUUAUGGUACUGGUUUUAGUGUGUACCUUAGUGCUGGUGCUGCCCACAGCUCACACUCAAAUGCAACAGCUUCUGUGAUGUACACUGUGGUCACCCCCAUGCUAAACCCCUUCAUCUAUAGUCUGAGGAAUAAGGAUAUAAAGAGAGCUUUGAAAAGAUUCUUUGCAGGGAAAAUUAGAAAAGGGCAACUAACUCUAUGA